AAUUUACAAGACAAGAAAAAUUUCGUUGUUCGUACCGUCGUCGUAUUCGUAUCACUCACAGAGACUUUUUUCUUCUUUCGCUCUUGAGAAAACCAAACCAAUAUUUUUUUGUAAUAAAUUCUAAAAGAAACAAAAACUAAAGUUUUAAACACUCCCGUCUUCGAAAUGGCAAAGAAAACCUACGAUUUACUCUUCAAAUUAUUGCUAAUCGGUGACUCUGGUGUCGGGAAAACUUGCAUUUUGUUUCGUUUCUCUGACGAUGCAUUUACAUCGACAUUCAUCUCAACAAUAGGAAUUGACUUCAAAAUAAAAACAGUCGAACUCAGGGGUAAAAAAAUCAAACUACAAAUCUGGGACACUGCCGGUCAAGAACGUUUCCACACAAUUACCACCUCAUAUUACCGUGGUGCGAUGGGAAUAAUGCUUGUAUAUGAUAUAGCAAACGAAAAGAGUUUUGAAAAUAUAGUUAAAUGGCUUCGGAAUAUAGACGAGCAUGCGAAUGAAGAUGUUGAGAAAAUGAUUUUGGGCAAUAAGUGUGAUAUGACAGAAAAGCGAGUAGUCGGUAAAGAUCGCGGUGAAGCGAUCGCUCGCGAGCAUGGCAUUCGUUUUAUGGAAACCUCCGCUAAAUCAAACAUCAAUAUUGAAAGGGCUUUCUGUGAGCUGGCCGAAGCCAUUCUCGACAAAACUGCUGGACGCGAAGCUGCAGAAAAUCCCGAACGUGUUGUUGUCGAUCGUCGACAAACCAGUCAGCCAUCCUACAAAGGUUGUUGUUCUUAAACAUAAUACAAUACAAACAAAAAUAUCCUGUCCAUCUAAAUGCGGAUGGGUGUUUACGGGGUUUUCGUUCGUUAAAUCGUUAAAAAAAACAUCAAAAAUUGAACAAAAACAUAAAACAAAACUUCAAAAAAUCAUUUUAUUCUAUUUUUUGUGUCAUUCAUCCAUCAGAAAAAACUCAAAACCCCUUUCUAACUCUCAUCCUCUUUAAUUAUAAUUAUAAUAAACAAAACAAAAAAAAGAACAACCAACCAACAACGGUAAUUUAAGAGAAAUUAUAUAAAUUUGUAAUACAUAUGUACUUUACACCAAAAAAAGCAACAAAAAAAAUGAAAAAAAAAAUAUCUAAACAAAAAAGAAUUUUAAAAAUAUGAAACAAGGAAAAAGCCUAAAAACAAAACGAAGAAAAUUGUUCCUCAUCUUCAAUUUAUUACUAUUAUUUUAUUUUUUUAAUUUUUUAAUGUCGUCUUCUCGCACGCAAAAACGCAAAAACAAAAAUAUGCACAUAUGUUUCAUAUUCUAAAUAUGCAUAGCUAGGGAAAUAAUUAUCAUGACAAAGUAGCAUUUUAUGUACAUAUAAAAGUAACGACCAAACUCAGAUUAGGUGUGAAAUUUGAAUUGUAAGGCGGCAGGUAGGUGGCAAAAAAUAGAGAAUAUUUUGUUUAACCCUCCUUUAAAGUCAAGGUCUUUCGAGUGGUUGGUUUUCAUGGUCAAGCAUAGACAACUACCAAUCCUUAAAAUUCAAGGACACUAAUUAAGGUAAUGAGAAAUAUUUAAAUUACUUAGUCCUUUUUUGGUGGGAAGUAUUUUUAAUUUAAAUCGUGAAGUGGUGUGGAAGUCUGUUCUUGAUCUUUUUAUUUUUAAUUUGUGUCACCUGACUUUGUUUAUAUUUGAAUUGUUUGAUAAAUUCCUAUCUGAAUAUAAAAUACCGGUUUUUCUACUAAUUUUUUUUAAUUUAAAUGCAAUUCAUGCUUGUUCAAAAAGAAAAUAUAUGCCAGAGAUUUGGAUUCAAGCCUGUGCCCUCUUACAUUUUUUUAAACGUUUACUGCUUCUUGUGAGGAAUUGACAAAAUUUAUAAAGAGUAAUUCUUUAGUGUUAGGUAAAAAGGUCUUAAAGUUCACGUAAAACACUAAAAAUUCGAGACUAGAAGAACUGCUAAAUAUCGUACUAAUUUAGUUUUUUUAUAUUAAUGUCUUGUUUAUAGAACCUGUGUAACCAGUUUCUGACAUAUUACGUCCUUUUUUCAUAACGUCAAAGAAUUUUUGUCAUGGAAAGUGCUUUCUCAUAUUAGUCAUUUGGAUUCAGCAUACAAACUUUAAGUCACCUCCAUCCGUGACGUUAAUCGCACACAAAAAUGGCUCAAGUUCUUAAAAAGCUGUAGCGCAACUAAAGACAAUGCCACAGAGGAAGUAAAUGAUAUCCAGGAAAACAUAUCACCGAAAAGAAAGAGAGAGUGUCUUAAUGAAGUUCACAUAAAAAAGUCACUUGUCCUAAAAACACAGUUGAGCAUUUAUUUCUUAAGCAAUUAACGUCCAUCUUAAAGCUUUAAGUUCGUCAAUGGCAAUAAGUUUCGAACUCCAGAUUAUUUUCAAAAAAAGACUGUUUCUUUACGAUAUAUUCAAUAUAUUUUUUUUCCAAGACAAUGAAUGAUAAAGUUAUUAACUUAUUUCAGGGCCUUAGAGCUAGUUCCUUAAUUCGCAUGUGACUUUCUUGCAUUUUAGACAUUGCAUGUUCAAAAAAUUAAAUAUCUGAAUAUGAAAUGUCGUUGCAAAAAUAUGUUCUUUCCAUUUUUGUUUGUUAUGUGUCGUUAGUUGGAGGAUUCAAAUAACGGCCCCUAAACAAUCCUAAUAAAAUGGACUUUUAUUGGAAGCGUCAACUUAAAAAUGUGAUGAAACCUUAUAGGCGAUGGAUUGGUCCAAAAAUAGUAUUGGUAAAUGUAAUGCUUAAGUACUGACUUCGGGGUGUGAAUUAGUUGUGUUGGAACCCUUUAACGGACCUAGUUCUUUCCUGGCUUUAGGCUAUUGUACACAUGAGAAUUGAGUGGUUAGUAAAAACC